UUUCAAAAUGGAUGUAUAAGGUUAUAAAAUAUUUGUAUUUUCUUAGAAUAUAAACUUUAUUUCUUAUACUUCAUCAGUUUAAUUCCCUCAGCGUUUUAUUUUAUGAGAAGAGACACUAAUAUGGAAAAGGUACGGAGAAAAUGAAAGGUUUAUAAGAAUGGCUGAAAAAGACUGGAUUGUUGUUACUGCAAUCGAUUUAAGGACAACCUUUUCUGGAUAUGCCUUCUCAUUUCGGUCCGAAUUUAAAGAUAAUCCACUUAAGAUCAGUACCAAUAGCUGGAUAUCAGAAGGUGUUUUUAAUGAUGAAAUGAAAGCACCAUCGGUAUUGCUUCUGAAUCCCGAUCAGUCGUUUAACUCGUUUGGGUACAGAGCACAGAACAAUUACAAACAACUGUUAUUGAUUGAUCCAGAGAAAGCUGUUAAGUACUAUUUCGUACAAGAUUUCAAGAUGCAACUUCAUAACAGGGAAAUUUCUUUGGGAAUGAAAAUUCAAGACAUAACAGGAAAAACGUUGCUUGCCAAAAAAGUGUUUGUUGAAUCCAUAAAAUACCUGAAAGACCACUUUCUGGAGAUAUUUACCAACAAAAAUUUAGAUACCAAAAUUAAAGAUAUCCUUUUUGUUAUUACUGUUCCUGCUAUUUGGACCGAUGCUGCUAAGCAGUUCAUGCGUGUUUGCUCUGAAAUGGCAGGCAUUGAAAGUUCAAUGAUGAUACUUGCCUAUGAACCCGAGGCAGCUGCUCUGUACUGCAGUUUGUUACCUGCGGACCAAGGCAUUGCAAAGUAUUUCGAAGUAGGACGGAGACUGAUGAUUGUAGACCUUGGCGGAGGUACGGUUGAUAUCACAGUUAUCAAAGUUAUAAAAAAGGAAGAACAAUUAACCUAUAUAGAGCACGUGUACAGAGUUACAGGAGGGGCAUGGGGAGGUAACCAGGUCAAUAAGAAUUUUGAAAACUUCCUGGCUCAGGUAUUUGGUAAUGAUGUAAUGGAAGAAUUCAAAAUGAACCAUCUUUCCCAGUGGAUGGAGUUGAAAGGAGACUUUGAGUUACAAAAGAAGACCCUAUCAGCUGCGGGUACGCGAGAAGUAAUUGGAAUAAGAAUUGGCGUAGAAAUUGUGGAAAUUUAUAAAAGAAGACGAGAAAAAGAUAUUGCAAAUGAACUAAGGAAAAGGCUUGAUGGUAAAGUAAAAAUAAUUGGAGACAAGUUGUGUAUUGAUGUAGAGAUAUUCAAGAAAUUUUUCCACGAUUGUGUUACAGAAAUCAUCAAUCAUAUCAAUGAGACAUUCAUGAAAAGAGGGUGUGCAUGGCCGUCUGCGAUGAUAUUAGUCGGUGGUUUUGCCGACGCUCUUAUUAUUCGAGACGCGAUUAUCAACGCUUUUCCUGUAAUAAAACCAAUUGUGUCACCCCCUGGAACUUCAAUGUCUGUGCUCAAAGGAUCAGUAAUAUUUGGUCAUCGUCCAGGUAUAGUUACUGGUAGGGUUUGUCGGGAAACAUUAGGCCUCACACUUCAUCGACCAUACGUACCAGAAGGAGAAACAAACACACACACUUUUAAAAUUGACGGUAUUCUGCGUGUAGAUAAAAGUUUCAAUAAACUGUUUACUGUAAAUGAAGUUGUGAAACUUGGACAAACACGAACACUGGAGUUACAAGAUCUCCAUAAAUCUAAAAACAUAAGAAAACAACCGAAAAUCAUCGAAGUUUACGUAUCAAAGGAUGAGGAUCCUAAUUUCAUUACAGAUUCGGGAUGCUCCUUAAGGGGGAAAAUCACUGUUUAUCCUCCGAAUGGACAAUGGCCAGAAACUACCGAAGGCUUCAUUGACUUAGAAACAGGGGGUACUGAAAUCACUGUACGUUACAGGGACAAACACUCUGGACAGAUUACAGAAGAAAACAUUGAUUUUCUGUAAAUUCAAUUGAUAAGUCAUGCAUGAUCGAAUUGGAGUAUGUGCAGAUAGAUAAAUCCUAACCAGGUUUUAGAGGAAAAGUAUAAAGUCAGGUGUCGUUGAAGCAGUCUUCAUGAGUAUUUUUCAAACCUAUCUACAAAAUGUAAAUAGUUAUUUGUAAUAUAAAUGAUAAACAAUUAUAAACUGAUAUGUGACAUUCUUAUAAACUGUGAUGGCUAGGUUCAGAUAUAUAAAGAUGUAUUUAGUAAUAAACAUUUUUAACAUUAUUCAGAAUAUAGGACAUUUUCUUCCAAAUUAA